AGGAGCAGAAAAUUACUAUUAUAAACAAGAUUAAUACCAAUAGUCAAACAAGUUCAUUUAAUGAGAAUGAUGUUGGUCAUGAACUUAUUGAAGGAGUAGUGGAGAUUGCGAAUGAGAAUGCGCUGUUAUCAUCUGCUAAUACAGCAAAACAUCAAUUGGAACAGUUGAACAUAAUGCGCGAGGCGCUUUUCUCCCAGGAUGGCUGGGGAUGUCAGCAUGUAAAUCAGGACACGAAUUGGGAAGUACCCAGCUCUCCAGAACCAGCAAAUAAAGAUCCCUCAGGACCGCCAAUGUGGAAACCGAAUAUUAAUAACGGCACGGAUUUAUGGGAAUCAAAUUUGAGAAACGGAGGCCAGCCGCCUGCCCAGCAAGUACCAAAACCUUCUUGGGGUCAUACUCCUUCUUCGAAUUUAGGCGGAACUUGGGGAGAAGAUGAUGAUGGUGUGGACAGCACCAGUGUUUGGACGGGUCAAUCGGGAAAUAGUGCAGCAUCCGGUCCGUCAGUUAGUGCUAAUCCCGCUGCUGUUGGAGCCGGCGUUGGCGGAUCGUCUGGACCUCAAUGGGGUCAGGGAGUUGGUGUCGGUGUUGGAAUAGGAGCAACUGGUAAUAGCAGCACAGCUGGAACAGGUGCACUGCCUGUAGCACAAGGAUUAGGUGCAAGUGGUGGAAAUAAUUUGCCUGCGCCUGGAGCAGUAGGAGGACCUGGUAGCAAUGUUGUUAACGCAAAUAAUGGCUGGGGUGAUCCACGCGAGUUGCGACCUUUGGGUGGAACUGGCCCUAUGGAUCUUCGAAAUGUGGAUCCACGCGAUUCUAUGCCAAUGCGUGGUGUAGGUGCCCCCACAGGCGAUCCGCGUGAUUUGCGGAUGAUUGAUCCGCGGGAUCCGAUAAGAGGCGACCCCCGUGGUAUAUCGGGUCGUCUUAAUGGCACGUCAGAAAUGUGGGGUCAUCAUCCCCAAAUUGGUCAUAACCAGAUACAAAAUCUUAACAAAAUGGUUGGUCCUGCUGGAGUUGGAGCAUCUGGAACGAAUGUGCCAAACUCAAACAUAGGACCAGGUGGUAUUAAUGUCGGAGUUGGUGGGGUAUCCACCAACAUGGGUAGCCAAUGGGGAGGGGCACAGGCGGUUGUUGGCAGCAGUCAAAAAGAUAUGGCCAAGCAGAUAAGUGGUUGGGAAGAGCCAUCACCGCCACCACAACGACGAAAUAUUCCCAAUUAUGACGACGGUACCUCACUUUGGGGUCAACAGACUCGUGUACCAGGCGGAGGCGCUCACUGGAAAGAUAUGACCGAUUCAAUGAGUCGUAACCAUUUAAUGCGGUCCCAAAAUCCCACAAGCGGUAACAUCGUAGGAAAUAGCAACGUUGCAGUUGGUGGUGGAAACACAAACGUCGUUGGACCUCAGACUCGCCUAGUGACUUCAAUCGGACCGAAUGGAGUGGCCGGUGGUCAACUUGGCAAGCCUGAUGCCGGGGCCAUCUGGGUGCAUCCAAACAGUGGAAAUAGCGGAGGCAACGGUGGCAGAAAUCCUGGCGUCGUUAGCUCAUGGGGCGACGAUAGUCACAGUGUUGUCAAUGUGACUGGUAAUAAUUGGAUUGAUGAUAAGACAAAUUCGUCGCUUGCCCAAAUAAGUGGAAAUUCUAAUUCGUGGAGUGACUCGCCAGCAACAGCUGCAAGUGCAAGUGGCGCUAGUGGCGGUUGGGGUACAAAACAGCCAAAAUUAUCGACUACUAAUUCUGUUUCUGGCUGGAGUAAUGCAAGCACGGUGGGUGGCAGCGGAGACGGAGAUAUUUCGUCUGAUUGGUCCCAUGGAGGCAUUGUAGGAAAGGUGCAGCAGCAGCAGCAACAACAACAGAAACUUUCUGGUAUCAAUGUGGGCGUGGUGAAUUCUGAUAUGAUAAAGCAAAGCAAACAAUAUCGUAUUCUGGUUGAGAAUGGGUUCAAAAAAGACGACGUUGAGCGUGCAUUACUCAGCGCUAAUAUGAAUAUCGAGGAGGCCGCCGAAUUACUUCGGGCUAACGCAAACGCUAUGGAAGGUUGGCGCCGCCAUGAUGACACACUUGGUUCCUACACUGACCACACGAAUUCGUCAAACAGCUCUGGCUUCCCCCAACGUUAUCCGGUUGCCAAUGCACCCUCAAUGUCAUUCCCUCCGAGUAAUCUUAUGAGUAGUAUGAGUGGUUCCACUGUACCCGGCAGCAAUAAUCCAAAUAUAGCCGCUUUACAAGUGCAGAAAUAUUUAAGUCAAGGAGGACUCCACGGAGUUGCGCUUGGCGGACCUCAGUCUGUAAAUGUAAAUACAGCAAAUGCUGCAUCAGUAGCAUUUUGUCAGAAUUCAUCCAAUGCAACACCAACGGUCAACAUCGCUGCGACAAAUGCCAAUAAUCAGCCAUCAGGACAGCACAUUCGAAUGCUUGGCCAGCAGAUCCAAUUGGCAAUACACAGUGGUUUUAUAUCCAGUCAGAUAUUAACUCAGCCGCUGACACAGAAUACAUUAAAUUUAUUAAAUCAACUACUGGGUUUAAUAAAGCAUCUUCAAGCUGCACAGCAAUCACUUUCUCGCAGUAACGCUAAUCCUAUGGCAGUAAAUGUAGCCAUUGCUAAAUACAAGCAGCAGAUUCAAAAUGUUCAAAACCAAAUAAAUGCACAACAGUCAGUUUAUGUCAAACAACAGAAUUUGCAACAACAAAACCCUCAACAGCAACAACCACAUCACCCAUCCGGACAUUUAAAUAAUUCUAGCAAUGAUUAUUUAAGAAAUCAUGAAGCAAUAUCUACACUUCAAGGAAAUUUUUCUGAGCUUAAUCUAAACAAGCCAACUGGUUAUCAGGGAGCGCCUAACCAGCAAUCUCGAUUAAAUCAAUGGAAGCUUCCAGUAUUAGAAAAAGACACCAUGACUGCCGACAGUACGGACUUUUCACGUGCUCCCGGGGCAACAAAACAAAACUUAUCAAGCAACUCAAACAAUAUGAGCGGCCCGCUGGGCUUACAAAAUGAUGGAACAUGGUCAACAGGGCGUAAUAUCGGAGAUGGUUGGCCAGAUCCAUCAUCAGAAAAUGAGAGCAAAGACUGGUCAGUUACUCCGACAGCAACUGCAUACACUGAUUUGGUGCAAGAAUUUGAGCCAGGAAAACCGUGGAAGGGUUCUCAGAUAAAGACCAUUGAAGAUGAUCCCAGCAUAACUCCUGGAAGCGUUGCUAGAUCUCCAUUGUCCAUUAACCCGACGCCAAAAGAUGCUGAUAUUUUUGCCAACACCGGCAAGAGCUCUCCGACUGAUUUGCCGGCACUAAGUUUAUCGUCUUCAACGUGGAGCUUUAACCCAAACCAAAACUUUCCAAGUUGGUCAGACAACACUCAACAAUGUGCCACUUCUGAGCUAUGGACAAGCCCUUUGAAUAAAAGCUCAUCCCGAGGACCUCCUCCUGGAUUAAGCACUAACAAAUCUGGUAGUGGCUUGACAGUUACCACUCCUUCUGCAACAGUUAGCGGAAAUUCGAAUGGGUGGUUGCCUAAUAGAGCUGUCCCUAGCACCAAUACGACUUGGACUGGGGGUAAUAAUUCUUGGGGAUCCAAUUGGUUGCUUCUUAAAAAUUUAAAUGCCCAGAUUGAUGGUCCUACUUUACGUACCUUGUGUAUGCAACAUGGUCCCCUUGUUAGUUUUCAUCUGUAUUUAAUCCAAGGAAUUGCUUUAUGUAAAUAUGCAUCUAGGGAGGAGGCUAACAAAGCACAAAUGGCUCUCAACAAUUGUGUUCUUGGGAAUACGACUAUGUUUGCUGAAUCGCCAAACGAAAAUGAGGUGCAGAGCAUUCUGCAGCAUUUACCACCGCAAGGUGGUCCGUCCUCGUCCAACAACUCGACAAUUACUAUAACAUCGAGCGGAAACACUGCUGGCAACAAUAGUUGCAUUGUGGCCACAACAACUGUUUUAACAACUGGCUCUGGAAGCUCUGGCAGCUGCAAUCCAAGCAGCGGACAAAACUCCGUUGCCGCCAGCGGAACAACGAGCAACCAGCAAACGGCAACUGCUAUAGGCAAUACGAAUGCACCUGCCAUUUCAGUUGGUGGGUCCAAUGCAGUCAGCGGUGGAGCAUCUAAUAGCAGCAGCAAUAGUAGCUGUACCAGUGGUAAUAGCGGCAGCAUUGUUGGCUCUUCUGUGAAUGGCAGCGCAGCAACUUCCAAUGCUAAUAACGCGGCUAAAAAUACUUCAAAUGUAGGAGGUGCAACUAACAUAACAUCAAUGACCGUGAUUUCUCAGCCCAAUGUUAAUGUAUCUAGCAACGUUUCAACUGCAGUUAGUAAUACUAAUUCAGCGUGGCGCCAAACAACUCAAAACCCUUCAACAGCUCUACAGGGUCAAAAUAGACCACAAGCCGGUAGGGAAGCUGAAUAUGAUUAUAUAUCUCAAUUCGUUUGCUCCAUUGUUGAUGAUUAGUUUAAUGAUUAUUGAUGAUGGCGACGGCCAAUAAGGUCCUUUAUGGCAGCAUUCAGUGACUUAAGACUCUCACACACAUGCAUAUAUACACACACCUGCACAUCUACACAAUUACAAAAUUAUUCAGUAUGGGAGGAAGUAUGUAAAAUGGAUUGACUGAUAAACGAAUGGACUUAGAGUUUUGUAUCCCUGUAGUUAUAUUUUUCUUUAUCGUUCAUAGAGUUUAGCGUUGUAUUUGUAAGAAAGAUCUAAUAUUGAUAUAUACAUCCAUAUAAAAAUCACGUUAAUUGAAUUAUUUACUUACCAUACAUGGUCCUUUUUAUCAUAGCACACAAGUGUUUGAAGUCGUAGAUCAUAUACCAAUAUAUAUACUAUAUGUCUUUUUAUCACAUUCACUUAAAAUGGGAUAUGUUCAUCUUGAAUUAUUGUUGCAUGGCGUUCAUUAUUCACGAGUUCAAAUAGUUUUCAAAAAAAAAAAAAAAACUCGAUUUGGAUUAAGAGAAA